AUGGAGGAGAUGUCACCAGAUAAUAUACAUGGAGUCAUUUUAGCUGUGUCUUCAAGUAUAUUCAUUGGUUCUAGCUUCAUCAUCAAGAAGAAAGGUCUUAAGAAGGCUGGUGUUAGCGGAGCCAGAGCAGGUGAAGGAGGUUAUGGAUACUUAUAUGAGCCUUGGUGGUGGGCUGGAAUGAUAACAAUGAUUGUGGGGGAGAUAGCUAAUUUUGCAGCUUAUGCAUUUGCACCGGCUAUUCUAGUGACACCUUUGGGAGCUCUAAGUAUUAUUUUCAGCGCAGUGCUUGCACAUUUUAUCUUGGAAGAGAAGUUGCAUAUGUUCGGUAUACUUGGCUGCGUCCUCUGUGUUGUUGGAUCUACAACGAUUGUCUUACAUGCUCCUCAUGAGCAAGGCAUUGAAUCCGUCAAGCAAGUAUGGCAUCUUGCUACUGAACCAGGUUUCCUUGCUUACUCUGCUGUGGUAUUGGUUGUGGUGCUUGUACUGAUCUUCUACUACGAGCCGCGUUAUGGGAAGACGCAUAUGAUAGUAUAUGUUGGGAUUUGCUCUUUAAUGGGUUCUCUGACUGUUAUGAGUGUUAAAGCUGUUGCAAUCGCCAUAAAGCUGACGUUUUCCGGGAUGAACCAAUUCAAGUACUUCCACGCAUGGAUUUUCAUUAUAGUAGUAACCAUUUGUUGCAUUUUGCAAAUCAACUACUUGAACAAGGCUCUGGAUAAUUUCAACACCGCGGUGAUAUCACCAGUGUACUACGUUAUGUUUACAACAUUCACCAUCUUAGCUAGUAUGAUCAUGUUCAAGGAUUGGGCUUCUCAGAGCGGACUGCAGAUUGCGACAGAGCUAUGUGGCUUUGUGACCAUUUUAUCAGGAACUUUUCUUCUCCACAAGACAAAAGACAUGGGAAACAGUGGUAGCUUACGUGGCGGCGGUUCUACGACACAUUCACCUAGAGAGACUCCUGUCUUCAUCAACUCAGCUUCCGGUCGCAGUACUAAUUCCAAUCUCUAG